UAAACGCAACUCAACUUUAUAUAAACUAAAAUUGAAGUUGGUGUUUAACACACUUUCGUCGGUUUUUGCACGAAAGCGAAAGUUGCGUGUCUUAGUCGACUUUAUUACUUGGUGUUUACAAAUCACAAUACUGAAAAACAGAGAAAAGGCAGAAGAUAAAGCAGAUCACUGUAAAAAAUACCUACCGAACUUUUAAAAACAACCGAAAGACAAAAGCCUGUGAAAUCACCGACUACAAAGCGGGUCAAUAGCAACCUUCGUGUCAUUUACGUUUCUUGACUGAUCGUCGUGCCAAGAUGCCAGCAGCCAGUUCACAUCCACGGCUGUUCUUCUACUUACUAUGCGCUGCCUCACUCUUGGCCGUCUCGAAAUCGGACACCGUGCCACUUGAACCACCAUCAGAAGACUUGGCUUACGACGCCGCCUUACAGCUUGGCUUACUAAACUAUCGUCUUAAUCUACUAAGCCACGAGGAAGAAUCUAGGCAACUUAGUUUGCCAAACAUAACCCUAGGUAACCUCGUCAAUCGCAUACCCUGUAGCUGUGAUACUGGACUAUGCAAAUGUUGUGCUGGCUUUCUUUCCGUAAUUGGCAUGAACAGUUGCACAGAAGUUGCGUAUCGACCUGAUGAAUUUUCCUUUGAGUUGCGCAUGCGCGUCAACAACAAUAUUUGGUUCCGUCAAAAGGUCUCCGGGCAGAAUCCUCCUCCAUUCUGCUUCCGGCCGCCACGCUUUAACUUUGCUAAGGCUUGCAUUCAGUUUCAUGACAUUUGGUUUGUCGGACGCAACAUGCACGUCUGCAUGUACAUGUCAGGCGAAUUCCAGGGCUUUGAGUUGUUCGAAAGAAACUUUGAUUGUCUCUUGUUUGGUGAUCACGGAGUUAAGAUUGUUCCCCCCGAGCAAGGCUAUCCGGUGAGACCGAACGAUGUUGACAUUGAUGAUGGAGACGACGAGAUCGAGGACUACGAUGAGAAUGUAGUCCGCAGCUUAGCAGAAAAGAUGGUCGGCUAA